AUGCCCGAGGACGACGCGUCGGCGCCGCCGAACCCGCACGUGGUCCUGAACGAUCAACAACUCCUCGGAACCCGCGUGGCGAACGCGAUAUGCGACGCCGCGAGCGCGCUGUCGCCGUGCGGGGGGUGUCAAGAGGUUCGGGAGAGAAGAUCUGAAAACGACCGAGACGUCGAACUCACGAGCGCGCUCGGCUCGCCGACGCGUCGAUCGUUGGGCGAGGACGAGCGAGGUGAUUGGACCAAGGCGUACGAGAGUUUCCGAGCGACGGAGGUGGUGAGGGAUCGCGAGCGGGACGAAGCCGCGGUGCGGACGCAGUUUGACGAGUGCAACGCGAGGUUGCGAGAAGAUUUGGACGCGAUCGAGGGGUCGCCGCGGGCUGCGGGGGCGCGUGCGUUCGGGACGCCGGCGAUUUCGGCGAGCGCGGAGGGCGGAGGGAGCGAUCGAGGGUGA